UGCGAAUUCGUCACUAGGGGGUGAUACUAGUUUCUUCAGUCAAACAAUAGAAGUAAAAAAUGCGAGUUAAAAUUUAUCUUUCUUGCCCAAUUUAUAUCAAAAAUGAUAAUUUAAACUUGUAUUCAUUAUGAUUACGUCACAUUUUGCAAUAAAUUUAUCUUAAAUUCAUAAUUUUGAAAAUUAUAUAAGUUUACAGUUAAAAAAUAUGACAAUAACACUCUGAUAGUUAAAUAAUUACAGUUUUGUUUAUAAAAGUAUUGAAACAGUUUAGAAAUCAACAUUGUUAAGAUUAGUAAUGACAUUUAUCAUCACAAAUAAAUAAAGAAUAUUAUUAUAACUAGAUUGUAAAAAACUUGAGUCAGAAUUGUAUCAAUAAUGUUAUCAAGAAAAAACAAAGAUUUGCGAACUAUCAAGGAAGGAGUGGUAGGAAAAUAUGUCAAAAAAGAAACUCCACCUGAAAUGCCAAUAAUCAAUGUAUGGACUACUGAACCUAAUGGAAGGAAAAGAAGACAACCCAAUCAAUCUGCUCUACCAGCAUCAAUUCCAAUCUCUCAACAAAGUAUGGUACAAAAAUUUGGAAACACAAAAACGACAACAAGUGCUGUUGGUCUAGGAAGUCACGAAGGAAAAUAUACUCCAAAUAGUUCUGUUCCUGAUUUAGCUCAAAGAUUUGCCAGCUUAUCUGUGAAUUCUGGAGCAAUUGAUGGACCUGUGUCACGAACUGCAACACCAAUGUAUCAUUUACGAUUAUCACCUACAAUUUCAUCCCAUACAUAUGUCAAUCAGUAUGCAGGAUCAGAAUAUCAUUUAGAUAGAGUUCAAACUCCGCAGUUGCCUUACGUACCUUUUGAGACUGAUGGAGGAUAUGAAGACUUUAAUCAAACUUCAUAUCACCAAAACCCUGGAUAUAGCAGAGCUCAUUCAGAAAGAUCUAGUUCACGUAAUGAGCAGUCAACAGAAUUGCCUUUACCUCCAGGAUGGUCAGUAGAUUUUACUUUGAGAGGAAGAAAGUAUUACAUUGAUCAUAACACAAAAACAACUCACUGGUCUCAUCCACUUGAGAAGGAAGGAUUACCUACUGGAUGGGAAAGAAUUGAAUCACCUGAAUACGGUGUUUAUUACGUGAACCAUAUUACUCGGCAAGCACAAUAUGAGCAUCCUUGUUAUCCGUUGGAAAUGCAAGCAGUACGAGUUGUUUCUCCUCCACGGCAUACUCACUUCCACUCUCACAGUGUUUUAGUGCCAGCUAAUCCUUACCUGAACGAAGAGAUUCCUCACUGGUUGUAUGUUUACAGUCGUGCAUCAAUAUCCUUAGAUAGAAAACUGCGAUGGGAAUUGUUUAGAUUACCAGAACUUGAUUGUUUUAAUGCAAUGCUCACAAGACUUUAUAAACAAGAGUUAGAAGAGGUUGUCAUGAGAUAUGAAGAAUAUAGAUCAGCAUUACUUUGUCAAAUGGAGCAAAGAUUGAAAGAGUUAAACCCAGAAACUGGAUCAUCGUCAAAUGCAGUUGCAUUACGUCGAUCUCUUCCCUAAGUUACAUGAUAAUUGAUCAAGUUAUUUCAGUUUUUUUUUCAAUUUAAAAAUACUCAAAGGAUUGUUUGAUAUACAAAAGUCAGAAAUAAAUAGAAAUUAUUUUUUUAUUUUA